ACUGUUGCAGUUUGUGUGAAGCGUCUGAUUUUCAGCGUUAAUGAACAGCAGAAGUGGAUGUGAAGUUACUUUUGACGCUUUUUUCUUCGCAGGACGACGUGUCUGCUUCACUUUUUCAGGACUUAAUUUCAGUUGGUGAAGUAUUAUGUGGUCUCAGUACCAGAGCUAUGAAUACAUUACAGGGGGUCUUCACUUGAGCUAAAGCCAAGCCUUAUUGGCUGUCACCCUCAUCUUCAUUCAACAACAUGGCAGAGAGUUUUUACAGACUGGAAGAUGAAGCCUUCCCCAGUUUUCUCUGCAAGUCUCUGGACAGCACCAGUGGCCGCGCCACACUGGGGAAUGUAACAUUGGGUUCAGGUCCAGGACUUCCAGUGGCUGCCUCUACAGUCGCUAAAAUUAGACCAGGAUCUGACAACAGAGAAGAUUCUGUUGAUGCAUCUUAUCUGGAGGGCAGAGCACAGGCCAACUCACAGUCAUCUGUCGGAGAACAGCCAAAGUUUGCCCUCAGCUUUAAAGAUGAUUUGGACAAUGCAGAUGACUUCAUUGCAGCCCACCGUCUUUCAGAGAUGCUUGUUAAAAUUAAUUUGGAUGAGAGUGCUUCCAUGGGUCCCAUCUUGGAUAAAGGGUCUAUGGCGGGGCUUCCUUCCAUUCAGACAGGUUUUGUUCAAGGACGGCCAACAGAACUUGGGACAGAUCUGUCUACAGGACUUUUGACAUUUGCUCAUUUUGGACCUAAAGAUUGUACAGAUGCAAAGCCUCAACCAUUUCCAACUACAGCCGAGGAAGACAAUACCCAUAGUGAGGUAGUGGACAGUGAUCAUUUCAGUGGCAGUAACUCAAGUUUCCUGGCAAACGAAAAGCUCAUGUCUGUAGACAGCAUUAACAGUGAUAUCACAGACGAUGACAUUGAUUCGAACGACCUGCCUGAUGAUGAGCUGGAGCUUUAUUUUAAUAAGCUAGUGCCUCCUGCUAUGCAGAGAGGUAGAGUGGAGGGCCAGGAGAUUCCUGCAUCAGGGCUGCCAAGUGCUGCUGAUGACCUUUCAUCAAGUUCUACAGAACCAGAACAGUAUAGGCACCACUUCCUCGAUGACUACAGUCAGGAGGACUUUCAGAUGCCGGAUGUGCGCCUGGCUGCCACAGGUAUGGACUCUUGUCCUGCCAGUGAUGAGGACACUGAAGAUGAGCUUGAGUCUGCCAGGAGAAACAGUAAUGCUGCCAGAACGAGGCUGCUUCCAAGCACCUCCAGACAACUGGUUGGAGAGAGUAAUCGCCCCAGUUUCAGGCCAGGCUUAGAAGGAGGCAGUUCUGAUGAUGAAGCCUCCAGUGGUCGGGGUGGCCAGUCUCUGUCUGGGAUUGAGCACAGACGAUCAGCUGAGGGACAAGUCAUCAACCCCCCUGUCACAGGAGAUGGAGGAGGUGGGGAUGGGAGCAGCGGGAGUGAAGAAAGUGGAAAUGAUGGGGGAGUUUCGACCAUCCCUCUCCCAGCAAGUAACGUCCAGACCACUUAUGAUGUCCUUCGUGGAUUGGGGAUUGUGGGUAGCAGUGCUGUUGGUGAAGACGAGGAUGGAGAUCUGAAUAAUCUGCUAGGGCAUGGAAGGAACAGCGUUUCAAGACACACUGAGAUGGGUGAUCGUGUAGGCCCUGUAGGUACAGGAGAGGCCAGCUCCUCUUCAAGAGCAUCAGGGGGAGUUCAGAAACUUUCUCCUGUCAACUGGAGCAUGGUCCUAGAUCGACAGGAGGCACUGGAUGCCAUGGAGAGUACAGAUUCUGGGCCUACUGUUGACAGACUGCUAGACUCUGUUUACCUGAGAAGCGGCCCUGGACUCAAGAGACCUCAGGACUCUGCAAACUUAACUUUCUCUCAUCUUCAAGGCACCCAAGGAAGCUUCCACCUCUCCCAGGUUGUUCCCCCAGAGUGUGAUGAGGAGGAAGAUGAUGAUGGGGUAGAUGAGGCUGAUGGUGCAAGGUCUUCCUUGGGUUUAAGAAACGGACCCUGUGGGGAUGUGACUGGUGCAGAGGUUUCAGCAGGUACCAGUGAGGAUGAUGAAAAUCCCCUAUCCACCUCACUUGAACCCAAAUAUUUCUCCCAGAGCUUCCAUCAGGACCAAGAAGAUUCAGAUGAUGGGUGGAACCACUGCCCAGAUAACAUGGAGCUGGAGUUCCAACAAGGUGGUAAUGCCCCUCAUGGUGUAGUGUACCAGAAUGAAGAAGGGCAGUGGGUGACAGACCUUGCAUAUUACUCCUCCUUUGAGAAAGAGGUUGAUGGGAAGGCCUCAGACAAUGCUGAACAGUUUCAGACUGAGGAGUUUGUUUCUUCCAACGAUGCUAUGGAAAAGAUAGUUAAGGAUCAAGAGGAAUUUGAGAAAGAGCAUCAAUUCAUGCAGGAAGAGAAGAUAGAACCAGCAAGCAUCAACAGUACCUUUCAAAGUGACUCAUCGUGGAAGGUUCCCACCAGCAGCCACAUCCUGAUGAGGGCUUCCCAGGUCUCCUCAGAUUUUCAGCAGGCAGACCAAAGCUACCUGCGCCUCUCUCUUGGGCAAUUCUUUGGACAACGCUCUGAAGCCUUGGGCUGUCUGGGAAACACUGAUGAUGUGGAUGCAGUUAAACGGCCCUCCUUUGGCUACAUUAUUACCUCUCCAGAGAAGAGGGAGCCGUUCCCCUUAAUUCAUCCUGCAGAGUUCACAGCUGCAGCAAGCUCUCAUCAAAAUGAAACCAUGGAGCUCAGUGAAGGAGAUAAAACACUCAACCCAGAAGACCUGGACAAAACUCUGGAGGCACCAGGGGAAAGAAUGUCACCUAAAGGGGAUACUGACUCAGAACCGUGUGCACAGGAGAAACCUGCUAAUAGAUCUGCACAGUCUGACCUCACAGAGGGCUCUGCCACUGAGUCAAGCUCCAGUAAUCAGAGCUGCGUGUCCCCCGACACCAACAGUAGCCAUCUAAUGCUCAGCAUCAGCACAAUUGCUUCAGCCAUUGCUGAUGCAUCCAUCAGCACGGAUCCAUCGCAGCUGGCUGCCAUGAUCCUGGAGCUGUCCAAGAAGAGUAGGGGGAGGUCUCGAGCUGAGGCCGCAGCUCCUGGUGGACCUGCCGUCAACUGCAAAGAGAGACCACAGUCUGCCGAACCUAUCAUUGAUGGACCGGAUCACGAAGCCAUGAUCGACACACUCCAGAGAAGCACUUGUGUUGGAGAGCAGAGUGCCUUCGACAUAGAGAAAUAUCUAAAGAAGAUGGAUGUGUCAUGCAGCAGUGAUACUUCUUUGGCACACACUACCUUCAACCUGACUAGCUGGGCUGAAAACUUGAACUGCUCUCAAAGGAACCUCCAAGCUGGAUGUCCUAAGGAGCAGGAGAGUUCAGCUCAGAGAGGGGAUAGUAAGACUCAACAGAAACAUACAAGUGCAAAAACUGGAGAGAAAGACGGAGAGAGAGAGGCAGCACCAAACACAAGCUCGCCUUCUCCCUCCUUUUCCAAUACAUCAUCUCAGAACUUUAAAGUUGAUGGUAAAAGAAGCUCUGUUCCUCGAUCAAGUGCAUCUUUUAGCUCUGGCAGAAGAUCUGUAGGCUCAGGACAGUCUUCCAAUUUAAAGCCCCCUGUAGAUAAAAUGGCAACACAUGAUAAUUCUGCUUCUUCUGCCACUAAGAUUUCUGGCUCCUCAGGUCGGAUACUCAAAGAAAAUGUAUCCAAGACAGCAGAACUAAAUCCACAUGCAUCAAACAAUACAAGGUCGAGCUUGGAGACGUCGCAAUCUGGCUUGUCCAGAACCUCUUCAGGAUGGAAGAAAGGAGAGUCAGGCCUUCCCCUUCUUAAAGGGUCCUCUCCUCCACCACAGAGGAUGAGGAGUUCAGGCCAGCAGCAGCACAAUAGACUAGGGGAAUCUCCUGAGAAACCGCUAAGGAACAUAAAGACUGCUCCACUUUCUGAUCCUUCUGUAGGGAAACACAUGGGAGUCGCUUUCCAGAACACCCAGCUUCCACUGGACACUGCAUCAGAUUUGCAGAGAGGUUUUUCUGAACCCUGCAUAGAGGAAACGCAGUGCAACUUCAGGCCAUCCACCUCUCCACUCACUCACUCCUCUCCAAGUCAAACCUCCAUUCCCAGUGCAGAUGGUUUGGGUUCCCCUGCAUCGUCCAGUGGAGGUCUUGUAGACCGACGUCCAGUUUUAGACCUCUCCCCUCAGUCUACCUGCUCCAGCCCUGGCAUGAGUAGGCUCACAUACAUCUCAGUGAAUGACGGCACUGUCAUACCCACACCUGAAAGGCAAAAGAAUAACUGUACCAUGGCACUCAGCACCACUAUCAUCAGGUUCAGUCCGACUCCACCAGUUGAACAAGAUACACAAGCUAACCUGGAAAUUCCUAGGCAGUCCACAAGCUUGGACCAGAUGCAACCCCUGCAUUCUAAAAGUCUUGACCCGCUACCAGCUCAACAGUGCAGAAGCCCGGAGGCUCCUCGCAGCGGUUCUGCUCUCACUUGCAGUCGCAGCCAGAGUGAAUGUAACUACCACUGCCCUGGGGAUAGGACUGGUGAUAGGACUGGUGAUCUCUCAGGAGUUUACAGGAACCAAGUCCCUCACUCCGGGUCCAAUGUAAGACAACUCACUAAAGUGGACUCGGGCUAUUGCAGUAAUCUGAACAUUCAGCAAACUACCAGCACUGCAGCUCCUCAGAGCUCCCAGCAGUGGGGAGCUUCCAGCUCAGUGUCGUCAUCUGUGUAUGGUGGUGGCCUUGGCAUGCCUCCGUCAUACGCGGCAGAGGGACUUAACUAUGUGCCAAUCCCUAGCUUUAAGCCCCAGUGUGCUGGACUUGUUGACCUUCCUCACCAAAGAGAUAUGCAGCCCCUCCCUGCUGGACACCCUCUCCUCAACUCUCAGCUGACUCGGCAGUAUAUGGGACCUGAGGCUUCAUUGUAUCCUGGUUUUUAUAAUAUCGGGGCAACAGGAGCUGGUCACUUAAGUAUACCUAACAGUAAUGUCAUACGACACCCCCAACAAGCAUCAGGUCCUCUGGGGUUAUCUGGAGCUUCUGGGGCCCAUAACUUCCCUAGAACCCAUCACUGCCAACAGGACAUGGGAAUGAUGGGAAAACCCUACAGUCAUUUUGGUGGUGAGCCCCUAGUAGCAGGUGGUCUUGAGGAACUGAAAGGUCAAGUAAUGGUUCCAGAAGAGCUACGGUUUCCUCACUCCUGCUGUGUAGGCAUUGCUUCACAGACCUCACUCAGCCUCUUCAACCCCUCUGAGAGAUGGCAGCAAGUGUCAAUCAAUGUCACCAGCCUGGCCAUUGAUGGAGAGAAGGUUGAUGGCUUGCCAUACCAAUGGCUGAUAGUCAAAAACAAGACCAUUAUCGGCCCUAAGAGCACAGAGGAGCAGAAGGUUUUGUUCAUCCCUCCUCAAGCCGGUGUCUAUCAGUGUGUCCUCAGUGUUUGCUCAUGGCCUGCUUCUGCUGAGUCAGAGAUUGCUGCCAGUGCAAAUAUCUUUGCUAAAAGAGUGGUGCUGGUUGCCAUAGCAGAGAAUCCUGCUCUAGAGGUUGAAGUAAGUAAGUCAGGCUGUCUAGAUUUUGGAGAUCUACCUGGAGGCAGUGUCCAGUCGCUUCCUGUCAAGCUGUUCAACCGGACUCAUGCUACAGUGCCCAUCCGUGUGGUCAUCAGUGCCAAUGCCACAGCCUGGGGAUGCUUCUCCUUCUCCAAGCAUCCUGUUACAUCAUUUGAAGCAUUGCAGCAUGAUGGGCACAUGAGCACUAUGUCUUCUCCCUCUGUGAUGAACCAUGUGAUGCAUGCCAGCCGAGGCGAGGAUCCACAAGGAUUUACAGUCUGGGUUCACUUCAGAGCUCCCCAUAAGUACAUAGCCUCAUCAGAUGAGCUUGGUCCAGCAGAUGAGUACAGUGCUCGGGUGGACAUUGAAGUGGACUCUCCUGGUCCCAAUCAUGUCAUUAGGAGUAUACCUCUCAGGGCAAGGUCUGGAACUGCAAGAGUCCAUGCUCCGAAGGACCUGCAGACUGUCAGCCUGUCUGCUCCACUGGGUAAAUCAAGUCAACAGAUGCUGCCAUUAAAGAAUGCAGGAAACAUUGAUGUGCAGCUGAAACUCAAGCUCAGUGAUGCUGAGGACACUUUCUCUGUGACUCCUGAUGAACUGUCUCUUAGAGUGGGAGAUGAGCAAGGCAUCAUGGUCUCUUACAAAGCACAGGGCGGCAGGAAAUGUCGAGACAGCCUUCUGACCAUUCUGGUGCUGCCAUCAGGUCCUCAGUAUGAAGUAACCCUAAAAGGAGAAGUCAUCCCAGAGGAAUGUGGGAAAGCCGCCAUCUCCUCAGCUGCUGUUUUUGGUCCCGGUGUGGCCACUGCUGUUCCACCAAUUCUUUCAAAUAAACAGUUUGUUGCCUGGGGAGGGGUCACGCUGGGACGGGCUGUCCAACAGAAGCUGGUCCUCAGGAACAACUCGAACAAUGUCACACAGCAGCUACGGUUGCUAAUACGUGGUCAAGACCAAGACUGCUUUCAGCUUCAGAGUAUGUUCAGUCCUGAAGAGCGCCUGACCCGGCAUGGGGAGCUGUCCAUUCGACCUAGAGAGGAUGUGACUGUUCACUUGCUAUUUGCUCCCACCCGAGUGGCCUCCAUGUUGGCAAAAUUGGAAAUCAAACAGUCUGGGAUCCGCCCCUCACAGCCUGGAGUAAAAUUCACUAUUCCACUAUCAGGCUAUGGUGGGACCAGUAACAUCAUCCUAGAGGACCAGAGGAAACAGGCGGAUGGUUAUAUGGCAGCACUAAACGACAUUGCUGUUGGUCGUGUCAGCAAAGUGUGUCUCUGUGUUAGGAACACAGGCUCUAGAGCAGCAUUCAUCAAAGCUGUGGCCUUCUCUGACAUGCAGACACGAACAGCCAUGGAACCUUCUGUGAUCAGCCUGGCCCCAUCACAGUUUGUACUGAAGGAAAGGACACAAGAGGUAAUCACUGUGCUGAUGAAGUCCACUCAAAGAGAGAAGACCCUGUGCCAGUCAGGCCGUGCUCUUCUAGCUUCUGUCUGCCUGUUUUGUGGAGAUGAGGUCUCCAGGCAACAGUACAGGAGAUUGCUUCAGAGUAAACCAGAGGCUGCGGGAAAGGCUCUGUCUGAGAACAGUCUGCUAAGAAACAUCAGCUUUAAUGAGAAGUUCCUGGGAGAGGAAAACAUCGAUGAGACCUGUGACCUUCCUCAAAGACCCAAUGAAGCUCACAUCUUUUAUGGAAACAUGAGUAAAAUAAUGGUUUCACUGAUGGGAAGUACAACAAGUACUGAAUAUGAGCUGAGCAACCCCACUGAGCUGCUGCCACCUAUUGUGAAUCACAACUCAGAGACGGACAGUGGUUUGCCAAAUGGUAACGUGUCCCUAGAUGUGCUACCAGUGAAAGGUCCCCAGGGACCAGCACUGAAAGUUACCGAGUCAUCGUUACAGGCCUCAGAGACCUGGAACAUACAUCCAGAACAGCUUGUCCUUGCUGCUCCUACCAUCAGUGGUGCAGCACCAACCAGCCAGGUUCAGAUCCAUAACAACACAUCCAGAGAACUGAGCUUUGACUUAUCCUGGCCUGCUCACUGCCUUACCAUUACCCCACAGCAUGGAACCAUUGAGCCUAAGUGCAGCCUUCAGAUUUUGAUAAGUCCCAACCCCUCCCUCGCAACAAAAUCUUCCCUGCUGCCAUGGAGUGGACAGAUUUAUGUCCAGUGUGAUGGCCAACAAAAGUUUAUAAAGGUCCAGAUACGUCGAGACCUUGCUCUGGAUGUGUCUGCAGCACCAGCAGACACUACUCUGUCAGCCCUGCCUCCUCAGGCUGCUACUCCAGUGCUGCCAGUGAGCAAGCUCCCCACCAGUUCCUUACUACCUCAACAGACACCUCAAGCCCUGGUGGAAAUCAGCAACAAGACCAUCAUCUUCCCCACUACUCCCUCAGGGGAAACAUCAGACGCCCAGCUGGAGGUGCAGAACGGAGAAGUAGAAGUGCGGUGGUACCUGUCGUCGUUUGCUCCACCAUAUGUCAAGGGAGUUGAUAACUCUGGAGAUGUUUACCGAGCCACUUACACUGCUUUUAGAUGCUCAAGGGUCUCUGGCACUCUGGGAGCCCAUGAGAAGAUGCAGGUGCCCAUUACUUUCCUUCCUAGGGAUAGAGGGGACUAUGCUCAGUUCUGGGACUUGGAGUGCCACCCUGUGACUGAGCCACAACAAAAAGCCAGAAUUCGCUUCCAACUCUGUGGAACUGGAACAAAGUAUGGACCAGUGGAAGGGCCACAGGAAGGAGAUUGCUCUCUGGUGAAGACUGAGGCUACAGUCAAGACCAGGAAGAGAGCUGAGGCUACCUGGGGAAAGAACAGCCAGGAGGACUCUGUGCGGAGAGGUGUGUAUUCUCCACAGGAUCUUUACACCUUCCCAGACACUCGGGUGGGUGAAUCCAGCUCUCUGAAGGUCAACAUCCGCAACAACUCCUCUGAUACAUAUGAGCUGAAAUUUGUAAACCCUAGGGAGCCCUUCCACAUCAAGCAUUCCAAAUACUCCCUGAGAUCACAGCACUACCUGAAGCUACCCGUCCAGUUCAAGCCCAGUACUGCAGGCAGACACACAGGCUUGUUGCUCAUCCAGUCAGAAACAAGUGGAAGUCUUGUUAUUCAGCUGACCGGUGAGGCAUUGCCUUGAACUCACCGCCCACCAACCUACACCACUGUCUCAUGCUGGCUGGGUGGAUGCUUCCCUCUGUGCUGUUCAUCGUGGGACAGGCGAGGGUAACGGAGAGGAAAAGGCAACACUGCUAACUGAAAGAGAUCAAAUAAAGGUAGUCCUGGACCUAAACUCUCUCUGUCUCAUCAUAUUUGCGAGGCAGACUGUAGCUCAUUAAGUGAAGAUGCCUGAGACUUGACUUUCCAUACGGAUCCAUCUGCCUAUGGAUUUGGCUCGAGAGUCCUCAGUUUGCUUGUAAAAACUGAUUGUGCCUGUUUGUGCCUGAAGCUGAAGGAUUUGGUCAGACUGGCUCACAAUUACUCUGCUCCAGUCUUGCAUUUCUGGGACUUAAAGAUUUUUGUCACUUGACUCUGGAGCUGGUGUUUGCCCUAAGUCAUGUCACAAGGCAGCAUUGUUGUUUCCAUGACUCCUGCCUGACAGUACCAGCUUGGAUAUGUUGGGGAUUACUUUGAGUCGGUCACACAGGAAUGCCUUUGUCUCUUGUUUGCAAACCCACUGCUAAGGUUUUUUUGUUUUGUUGGGCUAGUUUUUGUUUGUCAUUGGAUAAGAUAACUUUUGUCAUUAACUUGUGAUUGGGAUGUGACAACCAGAAACGUAUGAAUUAAUUUUGUUUACCAAUACUCUGAUUUUUCAAAUUUGGGUUAUCCAAUCCAAAUUUUCUGUACUGGUUUGGUUUUUAAUCAUAGCUAGGGCUUAACAAUAUGGACCAAAAAAAUCACAUCUUUCGAUAUUGUUCGCCGAAUGGCAAUACAUGAUAUAUGUCUUGAUUUUUUUUCUGUAAAGAAGUGGUUGUCAGAAUGCCAAGGUUAUAAACUUUGAUAGAUUAAAGUAAAAUCAAACCAUAUUGAAACAUGUUUGAUACCACAGCAACAAACAAACAAGUCUUAGACAACUAGUAUUAAGCAAUUUUUCAUCUUUAAUUUUAAAUCUGCAGACAGACUCAUUUAUACUGUCAAGUUGUACAAAACAACAGACAACUUGUCCUUAUGUUGUGGUUGUCUAAGUUUUCUGAAAGUUGAAAUUCCAUCCGUUUGAGACAGAUGAAUUCCCCCUUUUUUCCAAUGAAUGAUGAUGUACAAUAUUUCAGAAACUCUGUGAUCUUUGUUUAUAUUAUACCCAAGCUAGAGAGAAUGGUCCUUAAAGGUUGCUCAAAUAGAUUGGCAACAUUUUGGUGGAACUGGCAAGGAACAAAGUUUCUCACUUCAUCCUAGUGAACCAGCUUUCCUAAUUUUGCCAAAAUAUUUUUGCAAUUAAGACACAGAUUUUUAACCAGAACAGAGAAAGUGCACUGUUUAAGUUGCUCAAAUUCAUUGGCAACAUUUGGAGAACUGGGUGGACAUGGUGAGAAGCAAAUGUUUCUCUCUUGUUGCCAGUUAACUAAACUUUCCUAAUGUUGCCAACAUAUUUGUGCAAUUUAUAAACACUUUGUUUCAUCAAAAAGAGAGGGAGAGUGCAGUGUUUAAGUUGCUAAAAUUUAUUGGCAACGUUUGGAGAGCUGGGUCAGGCUAAUAAAGAGAAAAGGUUUCUCUCUUCUUGCUAGUUACCAACUUUCCUAAUGUUGCCAACAUAUUUGUGCAGUUUAGAAACACUUUUUUCAUCCAAAAGAGAGAGCACUAUUGAAAGGUACUCAAAUUCAUUGGCAACAUUUGAAGAACUGGUUGGAACUAUAGAGGAGAAAGGGUUUUCUAGUACUUUUCAGUUAACUUACUCCUUAUAGUGUUGCCAAUGUAUUUGUUAAAUUUUGACAUUGCAGGGGUUUUCUUGAAAUUUUAGAAAUUAAAAACAAACAUAUCCAAUUAAAGGUCUUAAGGUUUUUGUUGCAGUGGUAUCAGACAGGUAUCAGUAUUGUUUGAUUUUUACUAAUGAAUCAAAUAUAACUUCAAAGAUUGGUCCCCAUUCAGACUGAACAAUUUAAAUUGAUUAUAAAGUAAUAGAUGAAUAAUGCCAGUAGUUCUGACUGAAAACUAUUUUCACUGAGCAUUAAGCCUGUUUAUAUCAAACAAUAUUGUCUUACCCUAUAUGUCUUAUAAAAAUAUAGGGAUAUAUCUUGAAAAGUUGAUUUUUGCCCAGCUCCAUACAUCGCCCACCUGCACAGUGGCCUUGUCAGCACCAUGCGUUGACUUCCAAGCCUACCAGAUGCACUUAAUUUAGUCAUGAACAGGGCAGCUCGCAGCAACAUUAGGCUGGUUAAUGAUUGUUAUUACAUGCUAAAAGAGUUUCCUCUGGGUUUUUUUUGUUUCUCGGCAGCUUGCCAGGCCUGCUUAGUAUGGUUACCAUGGCAAAAUGGUGUUAAUCACUGCUCCAGUCACAGAAAAUUAGCUCCCCAUUUCCUCUUUUGGCUCCUGGGCAAAUAGCCAAUAUUGCUUUGGGGUAAUGGAGUUACAUCCAUAAUCGCUUUCAGAACUGGAAUGGCAUGGGGGGAUGUAGGUAAACUUGAUCAAGGAUGUGUUUGAGCGGUAAGAUGCUCCACACUGAGACAAAGCAGUAUAAAUCAAAAACACUAGUGUUCAGUAUUUUUAUUUUACAGCUUGUAGAUAUGGUUCUAAUAUAAAUAGUACAGAGGUAUCUCUCCACGUUUCCUGCCUCCUGACAUACUUUGAUUGUAAUUUGCACAUUCUUAAUAACUUUAUUAUGUAAUAUAUAUUUGUAUGUACACAUUUUAAAUAAAGUUUGUGGUAAAUAA